AAUUCUGUAGUAAAUCCAUCACUGCGUUAGGUGGCGCUAUCACAGAUCAUUGUUCUUGGUAAGGGAAAGGUGUUCUUCUUGUCGACCGAACCCGUGGAUCUGUUCAGUUCACUACCCGGCAACGCUAGAAGAGGAUUAUUAAGGCUUAAAAAAAGGUUUUCAAAAUGUCUCGGAGAUAUGAUUCUAGAACAACGAUCUUCUCACCUGAAGGUCGCCUGUAUCAAGUGGAAUAUGCCAUGGAAGCCAUCGGGCACGCGGGCACCUGCCUCGGGAUCUUGGCAAACGAUGGGGUUUUGCUGGCAGCAGAGAGACGGAACAUUCACAAACUGCUUGAUGAAGUUUUCUUCUCCGAAAAAAUCUAUAAACUUAACGAUGAUAUGGCUUGCAGUGUUGCUGGGAUAACCUCAGACGCCAACGUCUUGACAAACGAGCUGCGGCUCAUUGCUCAGAGGUAUUUAUUACAGUACCAGGAGCCAAUCCCUUGUGAACAGUUGGUUACAGCUCUCUGCGACAUCAAACAGGCUUACACACAGUUUGGAGGAAAGCGUCCUUUUGGUGUGUCCCUGCUUUACAUGGGCUGGGAUAAGCAUUACGGCUUCCAGCUCUACCAGAGUGACCCCAGUGGUAAUUAUGGAGGCUGGAAGGCUACGUGCAUUGGAAAUAACAGUGCUGCUGCAGUGUCCAUGCUGAAACAAGACUUCAAAGAAGGAGAGAUGACAUUGGAGUCCGCCCUCGCGCUGGCAGUCAAGGUGUUAAACAAGACCAUGGAUGUCAGCAAGCUGUCUGCUGAGAAGGUUGAAAUUGCGACACUGACCAGAGAAAACGGCAAGACCAAAAUCAAAGUGCUGAAGCUGAAAGAAGUAGAAGAGCUGAUCAAACGCCACGAGGAGGAAGAGGCGAAAGCAGAGCGCGCGAAGAAAGACAAGGAGCAGAAAGAGAAGGACAAAUAAACAUUUCUGACCAUCAUUGACGCAUUUCUUUGAAAAUACCACUGAUUCCUUGUUUGUAUUCUUACCAGUAAAACAAAGAUUCUGAAGAAAGAUAACUCAAUACACAUACUUUGCAGUUUCCUCUUAUUACACCAAACGUUUUUUAUUGGUCACAUUCUGAUUUUUUUAUUUUUAUUGACUGCUUUAAUUAAAGUAGCUCCUGUAUAUCCUACAUAGUCAAAAUCUGAAAUAAAUAAGUACCAGUUUUUGUGA